UCUUGAUGGAUCUACUAAAGUUGUAAGUGGGAUUUUGGUGUGUGUGAGUUUUUGUCAGCCGUCUACGUAUGACUUGUUAAAUUAAAGCCUCUUGGAGCUGACAGUCCAAUCUGUGCCUUGUACUCGACCGCCUGCUGUGAACAUGGAGCCUUUCCCUGACAAAUUUAUGGAAUUCCACCCAAUCCAUGGAGUUAAUGUUAGACUGGACCAUUCAGCAACUCAGGCAACUCGGGUGGAAAGCUUUGGAAACGGGGUGUGUUUCAGCAAACACCCUCUGAAUCCUGGUGAGAUUUUUCUUAUUGAGAUUGAAGACAAGGAGCUGGGAUGGUGUGGCCACCUCCGGAUCGGCUUAACUGCCAGGGACCCCGGGACCUUAGAGGUAGUACCUGAAUAUUCCAUCCCAGACUUGAUGGAUCUAGGUGACAGCUGGGUCUUUGCCAUUACUCGCAACCAUAACAAAGUCAUAGAAGAAGUGGAUCCUGAAGUCGGUGCUGAUGGAGGGCUGGCUGGAGGACACAGACUCUGCGAUAGAGGAGGAGACAAUGCACCAAAAACUUUCUUCACUGACUCUCACUUGUAUAUAGAGAAUGUUCGGAUACCCAGAGACAAAUUGGUAGGUCGAAGCCGACCUGGUCGCUACAGCCACAUUUUGGAUGACUUGUACAAGACCAACACGUUGCCCCCGACGGCCAGACGCAGCCGGAUAGGAGUACUGUAUGUACCUAAAGGGCCAGAGUUAGCUGACAUGCACAUUGUCAUCAACGGUGAAGACAUGGGAGCGUCUGCAAAGGGGAUUCCCACCGUUCAACCUCUUUACGCUGUGGUGGACGUCUUUGCUGCUACCAAGUGCGUCCGAAUUGUCCAGGUGGAGUACGGAUUCUCGUCUUUGCAAACACUGUGCCGACAGGCCGUCCAGAAGCACAUCAUCCACAGGAUGGCCAUUGAUUGGCUGGAGCUGCCGGAAGCACUCAAGUACUACUGCAAGUAUGAGUGAAGACUUUGGAUGGCGAUGGCAUAAUGCAAUCAGCAACCUCACCGC